AUAGGCUGGCCGGUGGCCGCCUGGGAGCCCAGCCGUUGUUUUCCUUUUCUCCCUGUUCGUUUUUAGCUCUUGGAGUCGCCUCUCCUCCCAGCCCGAUCUGCGCCGCCGCCGCCCAUAUUCGCUGGACCCGCCUGAACUCCUCUCUCGUUCUUGCUCUUCCUAGUUCAGUUCGCUGCCGCUGCCGCUCCGGCCCCGCGACCUCGGCCUCCCCAGUAUCUGACGCCGAAUCGCGAUCUGUUCAUACCCAUCUCGUGCCAAUUAUGUGUUAAAUUCAGGUGGAUUGGAAAUAGCUGUCUGUUUGGGCGUAUACCUCUCUGCUCCUGCUCUCGCGGUGUUAGGUUAGGCUGGGGAGGUCCUCCGACAAUAUUCUCGCGAGCAAUUUGGUAUCACCGGUUGGAUCAGCAGAGAGGAGCGCGCGUUUUUGUUAGUCGGGAAUCCACUGUCAGUAGCAUUACUUCUCUUUGAUCAGGUUGCUAGGUGGCUGGGAGUGGGACUGGUGCUUGUUUUUCGUUGGCUUUCCUUUAAGCUCGUUUGUUUUAGCUUACUGUAUCUUGUGAUAUGUGCUGAGGCCGGCAGUUGGUUCAUGGGAUGGGAGACCAAGACACAACAGGAUAGCUCAUAGCAUCUAGGAAUGUUACAGUUCACUGGGGUUAGAGAUUUUGGUGCCAGUUAGGGACUCUGUAAGUGCAUUUUGGUUUGGCCAUGUCUUCUUGUACUUCCCCAGAUCCACCGGACUAUUGCUCCGCCGUAUCGCCUGAGCUUAAACUAUACCAGGCCUUCAUCUUCUCUGUGCCAGUUUUCUUCACAUUCGUCUUGCUUCUCUUCUUCUACUUGUUCUACCUGUGGCGGCGCAGAGCGAAUUGGCAGUCCUUGCAAAUGAGGGCUGAUAAUUUGAUCAGGGGGGAUAACCCUAGGUUGGAGUGUGGCAUAAAUAAGGAGAUGCGUGAGAUGUUGCCAGUUGUGAUCUUCAAGGAGAGCUUCUUGAUCAGGGAAACACAGUGCUCGAUCUGCUUAGCAGACUAUCAAGCAGAUGAGCGGCUUCAGAGAAUACCCCCUUGUGGUCACACCUUCCAUAUCGAUUGCAUUGACCACUGGUUUUCUAAGAACACUACUUGCCCUCUUUGCCGAGUAUCGCUCCUGACUGCCCCCAGAGCUGCCAGCGUCGCUCCAACCGAUCUGGAAACACAAGCCAUCGAAGAGGACUGCUCUUCAAAUGCGCAGCAUCAUGUGGGCCUUAGAGAUGAGCACACGCGACCGGAGGAUCAGGCAGUGGACGGCAGGAUCAGUGACGGCCCAUCACAGCAGACUAACGUGGAAGCAUCAGUUGUUGUAGUCAUCGCGACUCAAACAGCAGGGUCUCCAAGUUCUUGCCACUUGUCUGACGUGUAAGCAAAAGAAAUAAGGCUUUUUACUGUCUUGCUGUAUGUUUAGCUGCUGUUAGAAGGAUUAAUAAGAGGCGCACAAAGAUCUGCAUCAAUGGUAAACUGACUAGAGGUGGGAAAAAGGUCUAAUCUUGUACUGGAAAUAGAAGAAUAGAGGGUUUUUUGUUU